AUGGGCAAUUUCCUGCGCAAGGCGCGGAGGGCCCCAAAGAGAGGCGUCCAAGAAAGGCGGACGUUCGACGGCGAAGGUUCGCUGAUACAAGGAAGCACGCACGGCCCCCACGUGUCGAAAGCAGAGGCGCCCACGUUCAAAAUGGCAUUCUUUAUGCGCGCGAGCGGGGCCUCGAAUGCUGAGCUCAUCAGCCGCAUGCGGGCCAUGGGGAGCAUCAAAAGCGGCAGGGUGGCUGACGUCAUGACAGCUGUGGACCGGGGGCUGUUCGUGCCGUCCGAUGAGGAGCCGUACUUUGAUGUGCCGCAGCCGAUCGGGUACAAUGCAACGAUCUCAGCCCCCCACAUGCACGCGCACUGCCUGGACCUGCUGGAGGACCGCCUGCAGCCGGGCGCGCGCGCGCUCGACGUGGGCAGCGGCACGGGGUACCUUACCGCCUGCUUUGGCAUGAUGGUGGACGGGAAGGGAGGCAAGGCCGUCGGCGUGGAGCAUAUCAAAGUGACGUCACUUUUGGCAGAGCUGACGGAGUCAUCCAAGUCGAACGUCCGGAAGUCGGCCGCCGGACACCUGUUGGACAAGGGCGUGAUUGAGCUGCACACGGGGGACGGCAGGAAAGGUUGGCCCACCGCGGCGCCGUAUGACGUCAUUCACGUGGGCGCGGCCGCGUCGGGCACCCCCAGGGAGCUUCUGCAGCAGCUCAAGCCCGGGGGCCGUAUGGUGUGCCCGGUAGGCGACGCCCUGGAUCAGCACCUGAUGGUGUACGACAAGUCCCCGACCGGGGACUCCAUUCGCGAGCGCGCAGCGACCGCGGUGCGGUACGUACCGCUGAUCGACGAGAAGGAUCAACGGAACAGGAGACCGGGUCUGUUUUAA